UGUUUGUUAGCUUCUUCGAGUCUAUUAUCACUCCCUCACUCAAGGUUUCUCUCUGCACAGAGUCCACAGUCAGUCACGGAUACUAGCUUUGGAGUGAGAAAAAAAACUAAAAUCUUUAGAUCUGAAAGCAACAAACCCCUCCUCAAAUACCCUAGCUUCCUUCAAGGACGGUCUGGGUGUGUAUGUUUUACUUGUCUGGUAAAAGUACUUUUCCUGCUGGUCAAUAAGUUGAAGUGAGGUUGCAAAAUAACUUGAAUGGCAGUCACGGAUGCUCAAAACCCUCUUGUUGGAGAAGCAACUUGUGGCACUUUAUUGCAAAAGCUCCAGGAAAUCUGGGAUGAGGUUGGUGAAAGUGACGAGGAUCGGGACAAGAUGCUCAUUCAAAUAGAACAAGAGUGCUUGGAUGUGUACAAGAAGAAAGUUGAGCAGGCUGCAAAGUCGAGGGUACAGCUUCUUGAGGCCUUAUCAGAUGCCAAAAUUGAACUUGCCCGUCUUCUAUCAGCCCUUGGAGAAAAAAGUUUUGCAGGAAUUCCUGAGAAGACUUCAGGAACAAUCAAGGAACAACUUGCAGCUAUAGCACCAGCACUUGAACAGCUGUGGGAACAGAAAGCUGAGAGAGUGAAGGAGUUUUCUGACGUACAUUCACAGAUUCAGAAAAUAUGUGGUGAAAUUGCUGGGAACUUAAAUAUCAAUGAUGCUCCUGCAGUUGAUGAAGCUGACUUAUCCCUAAAGAAGUUAGAUGAAUAUCAUGCCCAACUUCAAGAGCUUCAAAAGGAAAAGAGUGGUAGGUUGCACAAGGUCCUCGAAUUUGUAAGCAGUGUGCAUGAUCUCUGUGCUGUCCUCGGGAUGGACUUCUUCAGUACUGUAACUGAUGUUCAUCCAAGCUUAAUUGACUCAACUGGUGCGCAAUCAAAAAGUAUUAGCAAUGAUACAUUAGCAAGGCUGGCUAAGACAGUCUUAGCGUUAAAAGAAGAUAAGAAGCAAAGGCUUCAUAAGCUUCAAGAGCUGACAAAUCAACUUAUUGACCUGUGGAAUCUGAUGGAUACUCCAAUGGAAGAAAGGAAAUUGUUCGACCAUGUAACCUGUAACAUGUUGGCUUCAGUUGAUGAAGUGGCUGUCCCAGGAGCUCUGGCUCUGGAUCUGAUUGAGCAGGCUGAGGUUGAAGUUGAAAGGCUUGAUCAAUUGAAAGCCAGCAGGAUGAAAGAAAUUGCCUUCAGAAAGCAAGCAGAACUUGAAGAGAUAUAUGUCCAUGCUCAUAUAGAGAUAGAUCCAGAGGCUGCUCGAGAAAAGAUUAUGACUCUCAUUGAUUCUGGAAAUGUUGAGCCUACUGAGUUACUGGCUGACAUGGACAAUCAGAUAUCAAGAGCCAAAGAAGAAGCUCUAAGCAGAAAAGAAAUUUUGGAUAAGGUUGAGAAAUGGAUGUCAGCAUGUGAGGAAGAGAGUUGGCUAGAAGACUACAAUCGGGAUGAAAACAGGUAUAAUGCAAGCAGAGGUGCACAUUUGAAUCUCAAACGUGCAGAAAAGGCCCGUAUCCUGGUUAACAAAAUUCCAGCUUUGGUUGACACCUUGGUUGCCAAAACUCGGGCUUGGGAAGAAGAUCGUGGCAUACAGUUUGCAUAUGAUGGUGUUCCUCUCCUUGCCAUGCUAGAUGAAUAUGCCAUGCUCAGACAGGAAAGAGAAGAAGAGAAGCGGAGAAUGAGGGAUCAGAAGAAGUUCCAUGAGCAGCAAAACACAGAACAAGACACCAUUUUCAGUGCAAGACCUAGUCCUGCUCGACCAGUUGGUACAAAGAAGGUGGUUGGUCCCCGAGCAAAUGGCAGUGCUAAUGGAACUCCAAGCAGGCGGCUAUCUCUAAAUUCUAAUCAAAAUGGGAGCAGUUCUGCAACUAAAGGUGGAAGGAGGGAUAAUAGGCUAUCUGCCCCUGUUAACUAUGUUUCCAUAUCGAAAGAUGAUGCCGCCUCUCAUUUUUCCGGCACCGACACGGUUUCUGCUUCACCAUGAUAAAUUAAGAGAGAUCUGGAGGUUUACACCUUGAUAUAUUAAUGUUAUUACUUCUAGGAGCUUGUUGUAGUCAUAUAGUUGUGAAAACUGAGUAACUGGAGAGUGAGCUGUUUUUAGUUGUGCAUCUUAUCCACAUUUUUAAGCUGUUCUAA